GCUCAUUUAGGACGCAGCAGGACAAUUGAUUAUUUCUGCUUACCCUCCUGCCUUGCUCUGCAUUCAAUUCAAGUUCAAGUUGAUGCGUAUUUUCGUAAUCGAUCCCUCGAGGACCAAGACGCCGAGCAGCCACCAAACUAAAAGUGUUAUACAGUGGAGGAGACAAUCCCGGAAGAAGCGCAAACCAACCGGUUUUUACGUUGUACAGUGAAUACGAAAAGGGACAGAAUAGUGCGGAACUGAGAAGCAUUACGUACAUUUCUUAGCAGCGACGGCAACCAGAACCAACCAGACAGGUCUCGGGAAGGACCUGCAUCCCUCCGAAAAAGAUUCAACCGACCACCCGCUUAGGCUCCUCGGACUCGGCGUCAAUACAACACCUCAAACAAAACAAGAAAUUCGAGCCCUCGGACCGAGACAGCUUGACAGAACCGAUAAACCAUGUCGAGUGCUGUAAUCAGUGACGGUUUCGACAAUUGGUUCUUCACAACCAACAAGACGCAGAACCAAUGCCCGUCCGUCAGCGCCAAAUGCAUUCCGCCCAAGGCCUGCUCUAGGGACCCCAGCACCGGCCAGUCGUUCUGCUGCGACACGGGCCUCAGGACGGUGUGCUGGCGGGGUGCUACGACGUGCAAGACGGAUGGUACGACCUUGUCGUGCGGAUCGGGGUCAAACAGUUGGUGCUGUUUAGCAGGGUCUGAGAAAUGCACGGAACGAUCGGGUCAAACCGGCAUCUGCUGGAGCACCCUCCAGAACACCCUUAAACAGAUCAGCGUGCCGGACCUCGAAGUAGCAUUCUCGUCGCUCAGCAGCGCCCAGCCGGCCGCUUCGACGCUGCCAUUCACGCCCUCGAGACUGAUAGCGGCGACAAUGUCGGGGUCUCCCGACAGUAGCGCGACGGCAACCGGCGAUGAUGGCCCGGCGGCGGUGACAAACGUGCCUGGUUCGCCCUCGGGCACCUCUUCGUCCGCGUCCGACGCCGCCGGCAGCGGCAGCGGGGGCCUGGCGCCAGGCGCGAUAGCGGGCAUGGUCGUCGGCCUGGUCCUGGGCCUUGCCGUCAUUGCGGUCUCGGGGUUUCUGAUCUGGAGGUGCAUCAAGAGGAGGGAAGCGAGGGCGGCAGGAGGCGGGGUGGGACACCCGACGACGACAGGCGAGCUGGACGGCACGCCGUCGUCUUCGCCGGAGCUCCUCAAGUCGUCGGCCCAGUCGACCCACCAGCCGUAUGGCUAUCACCAGGUCGCGGGUGCCCAUGGCGGCGACGGCGGCGGUGCGACGGAGAUGGAAGGCAGCCCCGGUGCGGCGCAGAGCGCAGAGCUGCAUCAGGACAAGGGCUUCUACGCGCCGUCGGAGUUGGAUGCGUCGUCGGGUGCGCACGAGACGGUCAAUGAGUUGCCGGGGGAUUGGCGCGUUCGCGAUAGACAUGGCGAGAAGACUCUGUCGACGCCCAUGCUGCGCUGAGUGUGCGUGUCUUGGUCUUUUUCAUAUCGUUUUGGUUCAUAAUAUACAAUAUACCCGGAAUCUGCAAAAUCUUAUUGUGAACAAUGCAAUCAGUGCUGAGGCUUGUUCCUUCCGACGUGCCGGCUUAGUUGCUGUGGCAGGGUACCUGGUAAGGAGGUAUGUACCUGCAAGGAAG